UCUCCUUUCCUCUCCACACAGAGACACACGUGCCCCUGCCUGCCUGCCUGCUCAGUGACACUGCAGUACAGAGGACAUAGCAGCAGCAGACAGGCAGACAGACAGACAGGCAGACCGACACGCAGGCAGAGACACAGAAAGGCAGAGAGACAGGCAGGCAAACAAGCCGACAGGCAGAACGUAGGAAGGUGUGUCGAGGCCUUGUCUCCUCCUCCUCCUCCUCCUCCUCUUGCAGAAGCAGAGAUCCUGUUCUCCUGCGCUCUCCUUCAAGGACUUCCACACUCUGAGACCAAGAACUGCUGCUGAUACGGUUCCUGUUUGUUAGUAAGGAAAUACUCCUGCUACUACUGCUGCUGAUACAGUUCCUGUUCCUGUUUGUUACCAAGGAAAUACUCCUGCUACUACUGCUGCUGCUACAGUUCCUGUUCCUGUUUGUUACCAAGGAAAUACUCCUGCUACUACUGCUGCUGCUACAGUUCCUGUUCCUGUUUGUUACCAAGGAAAUACUCCUGCUACUACUGCUGCUGCUACAGUUCCUGUUCCUGUUUGUUACCAAGGAAAUACUCCUGCUACUACUGCUGCUGCUACAGUUCCUGUUCCUGUUUGUUACCAAGGAAAUACUGCAGCGCAGCGGAUAUUAUCACGCACGCGAGCACGAAGGAGUGCUACUCUCUCCCUCUCUCUCUCACACAGUCACAGGCAGACAAAUGGACUACUCUCUCUAACGCAUAUCAGUGGACUUGUCAUUGUUUCGGGCCUUCUCUUGCUGGGCCUGGUGUGUGUUGUGGUGUGUGUAGUGUGUGUUUUUAUCAGAGGUCACGCCGCGUGUUGUGCGUGUGUGUGUGGGUGAUCCACCUCUCUCAGGUCCCCUCCCCUCUCACCCUUUUCUACCUAAUCUCUCUCUCUCUCUCUCUCUCUCUCCACCCCCCUCUCCUGUUCACCCUUCUGUCCCUCUCCACACCUCACCAAACUCCUUCCCUCUCUUCCCCCCCUCUCUCUCUCCAUCCUCACCACACCUCUCCCUCUCUUCCCUCUAUCCUCUCUAUACCUCCGCCCCUCCAUAUCCCAUGAUGCCUUGCCCCAGGCCACUGCGCUAGGCCCCAGCAGUAUGGGCAGAGCCUGGGAGGGGAGAGAGAGCUCUGAUUGGUCCAGGUCGGGUCCCCCUUCCUUUGCUUCCGAUGGGGGAGGACACUGAGAGCUCCAAAGUCAACCACAGCUUCCUGCGAGACUACGUCACCGAAGCUGAUGUAAUCUCUACAGUGGAGUUCAACCACACAGGAGAUCUGCUGGCUACGGGGGACAAGGGAGGCAGGGUCGUCGUCUUCCAGAGAGAGACCGUGGUUGGUCACAAGCCUAAAGGGGAGUUGGAGCAGGUGGGGGAGACGGGUGAGUCGGGGGAGUAUAAUGUGUACAGUACCUUCCAGAGCCACGAGCCUGACUUUGACUACCUGAAGAGUCUGGAGAUCGAGGAGAAGAUCAACAAGAUACGGUGGCUGCCUCAGCAGAACGCCGCCCACUUCCUGCUCUCCACCAAUGAUAAGACCAUCAAGCUGUGGAAGGUGAGUGAGCGAGACAAGCAACCGGAGGGCUACAACCUGAAAGAUGAGGAGGGCAGGGUGAAGGACAUCUCUACAGUCACUUCGCUACAGGUUCCUGUGUUGAGACCUACAGACCUGAUGGUGGAGGUGCGUCCUAGGAGGGUGUUCUCCAAUGGUCAUACCUACCAUGUUAAUGCCAUAUCAGUCAACAGUGAUGGAGAGACUUACCUGUCAGCUGAUGACCUGAGGAUCAACAUGUGGCAUCUGGGGAUCACAGACCGCAGCUUCAACAUAGUGGACAUCAAGCCAGCCAACAUGGAGGAGCUAACAGAGGUGAUAACAGCAGCAGAGUUCCAUCCUCACCACUGUCACCUGUUUGUCUACAGCAGCAGUAAGGGAACUCUACGUCUCUGUGACAUGAGGGCCUCGGCACUUUGCGACAAACACACCAAACUCUUUGAGGAACCAGAGGACCCAGGAAGUCGUUCAUUCUUCUCUGAGAUCGUGUCGUCGGUGUCGGAUGUGAAGUUCAGUCACAACGGGCGGUACCUGCUGACCAGGGAUUACCUGACGGCCAAGGUGUGGGACCUACACAUGGAGAAAGGCCCUGUCGAAACCUACCAGGUUCAUGACUACCUGAGGACUAAGCUGUGCUCUCUGUACGAGAACGACUGCAUAUUUGACAAGUUCGAGUGUGUCUGGAACAGCUCCGACAGUGUGAUAAUGACGGGAGCGUACAACAGCUUCUUCCGGAUGUUUGACAGGGAGACGGGGCGGGGCGUGACCCUGGAGGCGUGGCGAGAGACCAGUAAGCCGCGAGCUGUACUGCGGACGCGACGGAUCUACACCGGGGGCAAGCGUCGUCGUGGCGACGUGGGGGUGGACAGUCUGGACUUCACUAAGAAGAUCCUCCACAUGGCCUGGCACCCCGAGGAGAACAUCAUCGCCAUAGCCUCCACCAACAACCUCUACAUCUUCCAGGACCGGGUCAGCUCCGACACACAGGGUCCAGACCUGUGUUCAAAUACCAUUUAGCACUGGGUCAGCCCCGACAAACAGGGUCCAGACCUGGGUUCAAAUACCAUUUAGGACCAGGUCAGCCCCGACACACAGGGUCCAGACCUGGGUUCAAAUACCAUUUAGCACCGGGUCAGCCCCAACAAACAGGGUCCAGACCUGGGUUCAAAUACCAUUUAGGACCAGGUCAGCCCCGACACACAGGGUCCAGACCUGGGUUCAAAUACCAUUUAGGUCCAUUUAGGACAGGGUCCAGACACAGACACAGGAACUGGAUUGAGAAGUAGUCGUUAAACGCACGCA